AUGGAGACACCUCAGCAAAAGAUUGAGAGAGCCAGAGCAAGGCGCGAGGCUAGCCUGGCGAAGCUCGAGCCCAAACUCACAGGAUUGCCUGCCGAGCUACCCCGCAACAGUCUGGGGCUGCCAGGUACUACUUUGACACCACGAGAAAUCGAGCUCACCGAAAAGUACGAUGUUCUUGAGCUCCUGGCAAUCCUUAAAUCCAGAGAGGUGUCCGUCGAGGAAACGAAUUGUCUGGUGGAGUUGAUGUGGGAUCAAGCGAUUGCCAGGGCCAAGCACCUCGAUGCACUGCCUGAGCCGCAAGGUGCCUUCUUCGGCCUCCCCAUCUCGACCAAGGAGCAUCACGGCAUGGUGGGUGAGAAUGUGAUCACGACGGCCUCGGUGAUCGCCUGGGUCGACCGCAAGCACGGCUCCAACCUGUUGUACGAUGAUCUCUGGGAGGAGGGGUGCGUAUUCUACGCUCGGACGACACAGCCGCAGACGAUCAUGCAUUUGGAGACCGUCAGCAACCUCUGGGGGAGAACCGACAACCCUUACAACCGCGACCUGACCGCUGGCGGGAGCAGCGGCGGAGAGUCUGCUCUGAUAGCUAUGCGUGGCAGUCUUUUGGGUAUUGGAGGUGACAUCGGUGGCAGCAUUCGCUGCCCUUCUGCCUUUGUUGGCAUCUAUGGCUUCAAGCCUUCAACAAAGCGCAUCACUGUCGCCGGUCAGAUCGGGCACAUGGCAGGCCGAGAGACCAUCUUCAGCACACCUGGUCCAAUGACAGUGGACCGCAAGGCGAUGGAGCUUCUCAUGAGGGUCAUUCUCUCCAAGCAGCCAUGGCGCAAGGAUCCUUCCAUUGUACCGAUGCCAUGGACACCUCACACUUUCAGCAAGCCGCUCAAGAUUGCCGUUCAGUGGUGGGACGGCGUCGUCAAGCCCCAUCCACCCGUAACCCGCGCGCUCAAGGAAGUGGUCGCCGCUUGUCAGAGGGCCGGCAUGCGUGUUGUGGACUGGGACUGCGAGAAGCUGGAGCACAAGAAGAGCUGGGAGAUCAUCUCCGCACUGUACUGGCCGGAUGGCGGACUCGAGACGCUGGACUGUCUGGAGAGCGCCGGGGACGCUGUGCUUCCACUCACGAAAUGGGUCAUACAGGAGCAACCCAGUGUGAAGAACAUGACGCAGGCCGAACUUUGGCAGUUGUGCUACACCCGCGAUGCGUAUCGCGCGUCAUACGCGAAGGUCUGGAAUGCGACCGCAGACGACGACGGCGACGAGGUUGAUGUGAUUCUCUGUCCCGCCAGUUUUGGCGCGGCCACUCCGCAUCAGCAAUCGAAGUACUGGGGCUACACUUCCCACUGGAACAUGCUCGACUACCCCGGUGUCGUGUUCCCCGUCACUAACGCGGACACCUCCAAGGACGCCAAGGAUCUUGCUUACAAGCCCGUCAAUGAACAGGAUCAGUUCAUUUACGACUUGUACGACCCCGAAUUGUUUGCUGGAGCCCCUGUAGGUCUUCAGAUUGUCGGACGAAGACUUCAAGAAGAAAAGGUCCUUGCUGCCCUGGAGUUGGUCGAGCAGGCCAUGGGCCGUAAAUAG